CAAAAGCUCCCUUCCUCCAAGUCUCUAACCAUGAACUCUCCAUUUUCAUCUCUACUUAUUCCUCGACAAAGUGCAUCAUCAGUCAACGGUGAUACUCGUCGAUCAGCAAACUUUCCACCAAAUAUAUGGGGAGAUUAUUUUCUUUCUAACAUUUUUCAUUCCAUGGACAUGGAAGAUAAUAUUGAGGAAAAAGUUGAAGCACUGAAGGAGGGAGUGAGAAAAUUAUUGAUUACUUGCGUUGAGAAACCUUCCCAACAACUGAGCUUGAUUGAUUCAAUCCAACGAUUGGGAAUCGCUUAUCAUUUUGAUACAGAGAUCAAUGAAGCGCUCAAUCAUGUUUAUAAGAAUUACACUGUUGUUUCCAAUAAAAGCAAUGAAGAUCUCCAAAUUGUUGCUCUGAAGUUUCGCUUGCUUAGACAACAAAGAUACUCUAUUUCAUGUGAGAUCUUCGACAAGUUUACCGACGAUGAAGGGAAUUUCAAGGAAUCGCUUGCCAAGGAUGUUCGAGGAAUGUUAAGCUUAUAUGAAGCCUCUCAUGUGCGGAUGCAUGGAGAGGACGUUCUCGAACGGGCCCUUGCUUUCAGCACCACAAACUUAAAAGCAGCCAUUAGUAAUGGAAGCCAUGAAGGGAGCUGGGGGUUUGGAGCUCAAGUGAGGCAUGCAUUAAAAUGGCCGGUCUUCAAAGCCAUGCCUAGGCUUGCAGCAAGAAAUUACAUAUCUUUCUAUGAACAAGAUCCAUUGCAUCACCCUACUUUGCUUUCCUUUGCCAAGCUUGAUUAUAACACCUUGCAAAAGCUUUACCAAAGAGAACUUCAUGAAAUCACAAGGUGGUGGAAGGACUUGAAGCUGGUGGAAAACCUAUGUUUUGCAAGAGACAGAUGCGUGGAAUGCUAUACUUGGGCAUUGGGAACAUACUUUGAGCCUAAAUACUCUCUUGGUCGAAUAAUGUUGUCCAAAAUUGUGGUCAUUACAUCAGUUUUGGACGAUAUUUUCGAUCUACAUGGUACAUUUGAAGAACUUCAACUCUUCAUUCAUGCAAUCGACAGGUGGGAUGUUAAUUGCAUCGAGAGACUUCCAAAAUACAUGAAAGUGUAUUAUGAAGCUGUAAUGGACACUUACAGAGGAAUUGAGCAAGAUAUUAACAAAUAUGACAUUCCUUAUGCCAUUCAUUAUACAAAAGAAGCUAUGAAAAGGCAGGCUAGAAACUACUUUUUUGAGGCUAAAUGGUACCAUGAUGGGUAUAUACCAACCAUGGAGGAGUAUUUGAGAGUUGGAAAAGUAACUUCUUGCUACUAUUUGUUUUCUCCUAUUUCAUUUCUUGGCAUGGGAGAUGUUGCUUCAAUGGAGGCAUUUGAAUGGAUUGAGAGUGACCCGAAAUCGCUUAUUGCCUCGGGAGUCAUUGGUAGGGUCAUGAACGAUAUUACUUCCCACAAGUUUGAACAAGAGAGGGGCCAUUCCGCUUCUGCCAUUGAAUGCUAUAUGAAACAAUAUGAUGUAUCAGAAAAAGAGGCCGUAGAAGAAUUGAAGAAGCAAGUUACAAAUAGUUGGAAGGAAAUCAUAGAAGAUUUCGUGAAAUCAAUUGACGUUCCAAACACUACUUUUAUGCCUGUCUUAAAUCUUGCUCGACUCUCAGAUACCUUUUAUAAAGAUGAAGAUGGAUACACAUAUUCAGAUGGAGAAACCAAACUUAUUGUCAUUUCGUUACUCGUGGAUCCAGUGCCAAUUUAAGACAUGAUAUUGAGCUCGAUGAUCAGUUUCCAUAUAUAAAAUAGUAUUUUACAAGUU